UCUUCGGCCGAGCUCCAGCCCCGCUCUCCGGCCUCUGGAGUGUUGAAGGGACGGGUGGCUCCGCCUGUCCCAAAACGCUCUCAAAAUCUUCCGCCCCCGCUGCGGCGCUGUUUCUGCACCGUUCUGCUGGCGUCGUCGCCAUGACGGCUUCCCGCUGGUUUUCGCUGACGAACUUCGGGCUGAGCCCGCUCUCCGCCUCCGCCACUCUGGCUGUGCUGGUUACGCUGGGAAUGGCCGCGGCUUGGUACUGGCGAUGGAGGGACCGGCGAAGGCCGUUGCGGUUGAAGCAGGUGGGCACGGUGUCCGGCCUUUUCAUCUACCCGAUCAAGUCUUGCAAGGGGGUAGCCGUGCAGCAGGCCGAAGUAACGAAAUUGGGGCUCCGGGACGGAGACAUGCGCGACAGAUGUUGGCUUGUGAUAAAGGAAGAUGGACAUAUGGUGACUGCUCGUCAAGAGCCUCGACUAGUAUUGGUCUCUAUCACCUGUCAAAAUGGCUAUUUGACUCUGAGUGCUCCAGAAAUGAACGACACUCAUAUUCCAGUCAGAUUGUCAACCAAAAAUCCAGUACGGGAUUGCAGGCUAUUUGGCUUUGAUGUUCAAGGCAGAGAUUGUGGAGAAGAUGCCGCUCAAUGGAUUACAACCUACUUAAAGUCAGAACCAUAUCGCUUGGUUUGUUUUGAACCAAAUAUGGUUCCAAGGAAUUCAAAAGAUUUAAUGGAACCUUUUCGUCCCACUGAUAAGAUUGCCUAUUCUGACUGUAGUCCUGUCAUGCUCCUCUCGGAAGCUUCUUUGGAAGAGCUUAAUUCCAGAAUGGAGAAGAAAGUUCAAAUACAUAACUUCAGGCCCAGCAUUUUGGUCACUGGUUGUGGUCCCCAUGAGGAGGACACCUGGAAUGAUAUUAUAAUUGGAAGCGUACAAAUGAGAGGGACAGUGGCCUGUCCCAGGUGUAUUCUUACAACAGUUGAUCCAGAUACUGGCAUCAUAGACAGAAAAGAACCUCUUAAUACUUUGAAAAGUUACCGCUUGUGUGAGCCUUCUGAAAAGCAUAUAUACAAAUCAAGCCCUCUGUUUGGAUGGUACUUUGGAGUUGAUAAAACAGGAACACUUAAGGUUGGAGAUCAGGUUUACAAGAUCAUGUGGUGAUAGAAAUUUCCAAAUGGAAAUGCAUUUUGACAUCUUUUAAAAAUCUUUUUUGAAGCUGAUAUCUUUCUAAUGAAAAUUGUCUAUCUUUAAUCUAGGAAUACUUUCUGUAACUUUUUAAAUGCAGUUGUAUUGGUGAUAAAUAAAUGAUUUUCUGCUUUCUAGAAUUGAGUCAGAAAUGUUGUAGUUUAACUCUGUAUAGUAAUUAAUACAUAAUGAUUAUGGAAAACUUAUGAGAGGUAAAACGAAGCAUGAGCCAUCAAUGUGACGUGCUGCAAAGAAGACAAAUGCAAUUUUAGACUACAUCAAGCUGAUGUAUAAUUUCCAAAUCAUGGGAUAUAUAAUCAAUCCACUCUGGUUUUUCUCUGGCUCAGUGCUUUGACUGAGCAGCACCCUUUAAGGUUUCAGAGAAGUUUAAACAGAUUCAGAGAAGGUUAGCAAAGUUGAUCAAGGGAUGAGAAUCUAAGAUUUUUGAAGAGAGAUUGAAGAAGGUGGGUGUGAUCACCUUAAGAAAAUAUAAUUGAGGGGGAUAUAAUAACCCUGUUCAUAUACCUGAAAGGAUGUCACAUGGAUGAAGGUAAAUCUCUCUUAUUACUGGAUUUAAUUAAAUAGUAAUUGAUUUAAGUUAUAGGAGGGUAGGUUCCCAUUAAGUGUCAUAAACACAUUCCUAGGUGGCUCUACUGUUAUUGACAUCUGCUGCCUUCUCUUAACAGUUAAUCAUGAUUUUUAAAUUUUUCUCAGUAAUUAUUUUUAUAUAUUACUGUUUUAUAGUUUUACUGUUAUUGUUUAUUAACAAAAAAUUGUUGUUGUUUUGUGAGAUGGGUAGCUAUAUAAAUUUGAUGACUGAAUGAAGGAAGGAAGGAAUCAAGGAAUCAAUCAAGGAAUCAAUACUAGUUUGACAGUGGAACCAGUGAAAUGAGAGAUGAUGGGGCUCUCAUCUGCUUGAUGUGUUCAUGCAGAGUGCCGUCUGUCUGAUAUGGUUUAAUUUGGAUUCCAGCACCAGCAAGGAUUUGAACUUAAUAGCCUAAAUGGUUUCUUUAAUUCUAUAAUUCUAAGUUCCAAAUUCUUCACUGUCAGUCCAUAUUUUUAUAUAUCUUAUUCUAAGUAUUACUUGGAACUAAAUUGCAUUGAUUUCAAUAUGGCUUUGUUAUAAUAUGAUAAUGUCACAUUUGGAUCAGCCUCAUGUUUCCUAAUCCCUUUUAUAUUACUCACAAAGAUAUAUAAAAUAUGUAUCGAUAAGCUUUCUUUACUUUAUAUCAUAAUUUGUAUCAGAUUUAUUUUUAAGAGAUCAAAUUUUAACAUUUGUAAUAUAUGCUCUUGCUUGUAAGAAUAUUAUCAAAUUACUGAAUGUAAACUUUGCAAGUAAUAGGGGAACUAUUACUUGAUUUUUAAAAAUAAAAAUAUAAAAUGUACAAGCA